AAUCCGCAUUCAUCCAGCAAAAAUGCCCCGCUACCAGAAACUUAUCAACGAAAGCGACGGCGACAGCUAUCCGGCAGCAACUAUCAACCAGCAACAGCAGCAACAUCGCUAUCAGCAGCAGCAACAUAAGUCGCCGAGCGUGGGUUAUCACCUGUAUCUGUACCGGCAGCAAUUAGCGCAGAAAAAAGUGGAGUACAUGAGGCUGUCCAAGGCCAAGUACAUCAUAACCGACUCACUUUUGGCCAAAACAGUGCGCAAUUUGAAAGGCUGCAGCGUCGACGAACUGAAGACGGUCAAUCAUCAGAUCGUUUUCCGCCACAAACUACGUCAUCAAAUCCAACGACUCCGAAAGCUGAAAAGUCUGGGCAUCAAGAACGCCAAUCCCAAAAUGGAAAGUACGGAACUUUAAAAUAGAUCACGAUCAACAAGAGCUUGCUUUAACUAUGUUUGAAUCAUAGUUUCAAAGUAAACUCUUUAAUAAGCUAACAAAUUUGUAAAUCUUUUCGUAAUUUAUAUUGCGCUAAAUUAGUUAAGAAUCUACAAAGUUUAUUAUAAUUUUAGUUUAAGUGGCGGGCACUGCAUAAAUUUUUA